CCCAUUAAAAUGGAGCCAUUGUCACGUUUCGCUUCCCUUUCAGACUUCCAGUAGACUGACUAGAUUACGUGAGGUCUCAACUCUCAACUCUUGAAGACCGGUCCAAGAGAAAAGACACAGAGAGCUAGAAACACAAGCAGGCGAUUACCACACUGCUCGUCUUCGACUGUUUUGAAUCGCUCGAUCGACAACAAGGUCUUUGAACGAAUCGUACGUACAUCGAAUUCUCUUCAUCCGUGUUGUGACUUCCGACCUUCUUACCCAAGGAUUCAAGUUAUCAGAGCUAGUUGAUGGUUGUGAGGAGAACCAAGCAAUCUCCAGUGAUGCUUAUUGAUGACUCUAGAAGUCUAGAUUGAAGUAAUAGUUGAUUAGUUGUAGCAAGUCGAAUGGCCCCUAACAUGAGGAGUCGGAAAAAGAGACAUAAUUGUGAGGAUAUAGAUACUGCUCAUAAAACUUCUGCAAGUCAAGAGCCCAAUGACAAUAAUAAUUAUCUUGACCAUGAAAUUUCACAACUUACGAGGCUUCGAUCAUUUCCUCAUGAACUUUUGAGCCGAGCAAUGCCUGGCAGGUCAAAGUUGCCUGUUUCGACAGUUAAAAUGUUGGUUGGACGUGAAGGAAAUUAUUCAGGGAAGGGGAGAUUCUCAUCAGCAGAUGGUUGCCAUGUUUUGAGCCGAUAUUUGCCUGUCAAUGGUCCUUGGAUGGUAGAUUAUAUGAAAAGUCGUGCUUAUACCUCCCAGUUUUCUUCUGACGGUUCCCUUCUUGUAGCAGGGUUUCAGGAAAGCCAGAUAAGGAUUUAUGAUGUGAAUGGAGGCUGGAAAGUUCUAAAGGACAUAUUAGCCAAAAGUUUAAGAUGGACCGUUACUGAUACUUCUCUCUCCCCGGAUCAACAUUAUCUUGUUUAUGCUAGCAUGUCUCCUGUCGUCCAUAUUGUAAACAUUGGAUCUGCUACAACAGAUUCAGUUGCUAAUGUUACAGAAAUACAUGAUGGUUUAGAUUUCUCCAGAAAUGAUGAUGAAGAGGAAUUCGGAAUCUUUUCUAUAAAGUUUUCAACUGAUGGGCGAGAGCUUGUAGCUGCAAGUAGCGACGAAGCGAUAUAUGUUUAUGAUCUCAUGGAAAAUAAACUUAGCCUUCGAAUUCCAGCCCAUACGUCUGAUGUUAAUACAGUUUGUUUUGCGGAUGAAACUGGGCAUCUCAUAUAUUCUGGAAGUGAUGACACCCUCUGUAAGGUAUGGGACCGGAGAUGCUUUAUUUCAAGAGGACAAGCAGCUGGGGUCUUGAUGGGACAUCUAGAAGGUGUUGCAUUCAUUGACAGCCGUGGAGAUGGGCGUCAUUUUAUUUCAAAUGGAAAAGAUCAGACUACCAAACUAUGGGAUAUUAGAAAGAUGUCUAAUGCCACUUACAAACCAAGGCUUAGAGAUUUUGAGUGGGAUUAUCGAUGGAUGGAGUACCCAUCCCAUGCAAGAAACAUGAAGCAUCCAUUUGAUCAGUCAGUAGCUACUUACAGGGGUCAUUCAGUGUUACGAACUUUGAUUCGGUGUCAUUUCUCCCCACAAUAUAGCACUGGUCAGAAGUACAUCUACACUGGCUCUAGUGAUGGUUCAGUUUAUAUUUAUGAUCUGGUGAGUGGAGAUGAAGUCGCGAAACUAGAUCAUAAUAGACAACCUGUAAGAGAUUGCACUUGGCACCCCGUAUACCCUAUGAUCGUCACUGCUUCGUGGGACGGUGUCGUUUCCAGUUGGGAAUUUCCAGGUAGUGGUGAAGCACCGCCGCCUCGAAAGCGGAAGUCACUCAAAAGGGCAUUAUAUUACUAGUCCUUCAGAUAAGUGAUUUCUGGCUUCUCUUGUUUUAAUUUAUUUGAUGUUAUCUUCUGGAUUGCUCACCAUGGAGCAAUGUAGUAUAUCAUAGGGUUACCUUUAUAUAUUUUCCCUUUUGGAUUCAAGGAGAAAUGGCUGUGGCCUGUACAAGUACUUUGUAAACGCACAUUGAUUGAAGCUUUUUUUUUAAAA